GGACUAUGUGGCAACUUCAAUGGAGAGAAAGAUGAUGAUAAAAGGCUGAGGGAUGGAUCAUUCCCAAGUAGUGGUGUCACUAACCCUGGUACAAAACUAGCUAACAGCUAUGAAACCAAGAAUAAAGAGUGUGCUAAAUGCAACCUGCCUGAUAUGCCAGAGUGCCCCGACAAUUUCAUUGCCUUCGCCAUCACCAGCUGUGCAGUCCUUGCUGAUAAGACAAAUGGGCCUUUCGCUGCUUGCUUGGCAAGAAUGUCUCAGGCUGAUAUAGAUGCAAAUAUUGCCAUUUGCCAAAUAGAUCUCUGCUUUGCU